AUGUCCAUGCAACCGCAUGGUUACAUCUCUUCAGCACCCAUCAGUGAAGGCGGAUACUACGUCAGUGGCGGCGCAACAGGCUUCCCCAGACCAGAAUACAAUUCCCACGGAACAUCCGUCGAUGGACUGGAUGGGGGCUUUUGGCAACCCCAGCAGCGGUCACAAGGCUAUAUCAGGGGCGCAGAAAAGGAGAAGCCAGGAAAAAGUCGUAAGCAGGGGCAAGAGGCAACAGAUAAAAAGAAGGAGGGAAAGGGGAGCACCCUGACCCGCGAACCUCCAAACACCGAGCUUCGCGUGGCAAUCAUAUGGGCUCUCUACUCAGAGAUCCAGAGCGGAUACAGGGCUUCUGUUCUGGCGCCUGAAGCGGCCUAUACGAGGGUGAAGAAUGCCUGGAUGAAGACGGGGAUAUGGAAUAGAAAAUGGGGUUUGCCACGUGGUAUUUGCUACAAGCAUGAACAGCCUCUUGAGGAGAUGCUUCGCGAGGAGUUGGGUUAUGAUGUUGGCCCUGUUUGA